UAACUCAGCGACACAUCUGCAAUGCAGCCACAAACACCUCACUCGUCCGCGGAUCACGCAACAACAACUCCACGUCAGGUCCGGUCAGGCGUGCUGAAAUCCCUUUCAUGCCCGACAAGGUUUGACAACUCUCCUCCAGCUCCCCCAGAACCCCAAUUCCUCUUCCAGUCUUCCUUCACACCUCUUCUCUGGUCUAGAUAGUUAAAGAAAGACGGGUGGGUUGGUUGAUAGGUCUAAGCGGCCAUUCGGUUAGACAACAUACAUACAUACUUAUCUCUAGAUACAGCGACGCGAAUCAGCCAUGUCCGAAGAAGCAGAAGCGCUCCAUACCGAAACGGAGGAAUCCAAGCCAACCGACGAGCACAAUCAAAAAAGCAAACGCGACUCGGCGGUCAUCAUCGCCAGUGAUCCAGAGACGUCGUCCAUCGAAACCUCGGAAGUGACGGCGUCUGAGGGUUCUUCGGCUGGGGACGAGGAGGAUUCCGCCCCGGAGGAGGGAGGGAACGGGGUUGAGAACGAUCAGAAGGAGGGGCUGAAGGGUGGCGAUGAGAAUAAGGAGCAGGCUGCGGUAGGAGAGAAAAGGGAUGGGGAUGAGGAGCUUGACGUGGUGAAGGGCGACGAGACUGAGGUUGGCAAGUCCGAAGCUCCAAAGGAGCUAGUUGCCGAAGAGGGAGUGGUGUCAAAAUUAGAAGUGCACGAUGAGGCAGAACAGGCAGCACCAGCAGAUCCGAUUCCUACAGAUUCCGAGCACAAGCCUGAAGAAUCAGUACAGCAUCUGUCUGUCUCCGAGCCGUCGAAGAAGGAAGAAGAGAGAGAGGAAGCGGAAGUGGACGAUGAUUCGAUUUCGACGACUGUGGAGACGGGAGAGCCGAUUAUCGAUGUGCCGUUGAAGCAGACGGCGGAAGAGGAAGGUGGAGUUACUGAGAAAGAAGAGCAAUCCUCUUCUACUGCGGAGGAAGAAAUCAAGGAGAAGGCGGAGCCUACUAUUGCCGAAGGUGGAGGUUCAACAGAUGUUGUCACGGGAAAAGAGGAGCCUGCUACAAUUGAGCCAGAAGCUCAAGGAGAGCAACCCGAGAAGGCUGAUGAAGUUGAGGAGAAAGAAGUUGGAGAAACUGCUCCAGUCGAGGCUGAAACCCCUCCAGAGAUUACGGAAGAGCAAACCGAAGAGACGCUAGAUCCCAGCGUCGUGGAAGGAGAAGAGGAGUCCAAGGAAGUCUCGCCUGAGCCCAAGGAUCCCGCUAGGAAUGAGUCAGAUCCAACUUCAGAAGCAGCGGCUGAGGAACCCCCGAAAGACGAAGAAAAGAACCCCGAACCGCUCGUAGAUACAAACCCUUCCGGCCCCGAAGCGGCAACCACUCCCCUCCCCCAGGACCCCCAGCCGAUAACUCAAAAGGCCGCCCCGUCACCUCUCCAACUCUCCCGCUCCAAAUUCCGCCAAGCGCUUAAUAUGUUGAUCCAGCUUCUGUCCGAAGCUGAAGAUGAUGACGGUGUUGUGCAUCUGAAUCUCAAUGAUAAGGAGAGUGAGUUGAGAAAGGUGGUGAGGAUGCUGGGGAAGAGGUUGGAUUUGUUUGAGGAGGUGGAGAGAGAGGUCGAGUGGGUAGGUUUGGUGGGGACGUUUGACGAGAGGAGGGAGAAGGAGGGUUGAGCGAGUUGGUGAGGAAGAGGAGUUGAGAGAGGUUGAGAGAAGCGGAUAGAAGAAAGAAUUGUAGGUUAGGGAUUUUGUUCAAAUAUACGUUUUCGGCGGUUUGGGGAUGAGAGAGAGCUGAGAAAUGGCCGAAGAGGGUUUCAAGCACGGUUGGGGGGCGGACAUAGGUUACAUUGUAGGUUAGGGAGAUUGUCAAAACAUGGAUUUAACAACGACUGUCUGACAAGAUCGGC